CUUCUUUGCAUGAUGAUGGAAAUUUCCAUCAUAACAUUUAAUGCCGUUAAAAAGGUACACAAAACUUCUGUAAUUUAAAUUUGUUGCUGCUGGCAACUUAUUACAACGCCGUAGUGUAAAACGAAACGUAGCUGUCAAAGCAAAAGCCAACGUCACUGUUAUUUACCAGGAUUUGAACUUGUCAUUCCGCUGUUUGUUGUUACUGGAGAAAACGACCGAGUUUAUAAAUUGUUCUAGGAAACUAAAGUGAGAUUUAUCUGCUAUAAAAAGUGAUAAUGAGUGGAAAUAAGAAAUACUUGAAAGAUGAGGAAAUCGAACUUUAUCUGCAUCAGUUAGAAGAUGGUUGGCUCUCGGAAGACAGCCUUGAAGACCAUGAUUCCGAGGAUGAACACCACAAUACUGAUGAGAUUGUACGACUGUUGCAGGACGAAAUUAAUGAUAAUGAUUCAGAUGACGGUGAAAAGGAAAGUGCUGAUAUUGAUCUUCCUCUUCUAGACCCAGAAGAAAUGGAACCCACUCACACAUCAUCAUCCAAUUUGCAGUCUUCAUCUUCAUCAAAAACUGAUUUUUCAUUUGAAAAAAGAAACUUGAUAUGGAAAAAACGCAAUCUGGUGUAUGACACAAAUAAAAUUACUUUCUUGGGGAGUUCUGCUACUCCAGAUGAUUUAUCAAACCUGGAAACCCCAUAUCAAUGCUUCAACCAUUUCAUCACAAAAGAUUUCAUCAAUAGUUUAGUGGAACAGACAAAUUUAUAUAUUAUACAAAGCAAUCCCAGUUCAACUACAACAUAUACAGAAUAUGAUUUAUAUAAGUUCUUAGGCAUUUUGUUAUACAUGUCAGUACAAAAAUAUCCUAGCACAAGAUCAUACUGGUCACCUAGGUUUGGUUAUGACCUAAUUUCUUCAACAAUGCCACUGAACAAAUUUGAGAAAAUAAAGUUAUCAUUACAUUUUAACAACAAUGAACUACACAAACCUAUAGGUCACCCAGAACAUGACAGACUAUUUAAAAUCCGCCCUGUAAUCCAGCAUUUCAAUGAAAGGUUUGCUACAGUGCCAAUGAACCAAAGACUAAGCGUGGAUGAACAGAUGUGUUCUACAAAAAUAGGGCACUUUCUGAAGCAAUACUUACCCAAUAAGCCCCAUAAAUGGGGUUUUAAAUUGUAUGUGCUUUGCGAUUUGAUGGGCUAUGCCCACAAAUUUGAGAUAUAUUCUGGACAAGGCUGUUCAGAUAAACUCCCAGAUGAACCAGAUCUCGGUGCAACUGGUAAUGUAGUGGUACGUUUGCUUCGGGGAGUGCCAAGAAAGAUAAACCACAUCAUAUACUUUGACAAUUUUUACACUUCUUUGCCAUUAGUAUAUUUCCUAGCUAAGGCAGGAAUUCAUACAGUGGGGACAGUACAACUAAACAGAAUACCAAAUAAUAAAUUACCUGAAAAAAAAGAUUUCAUGAAGAAAUCAGUGCCCAGAGGUAGUUAUGAAGAGAGAGUUUCUGUGCUUGAUGAUAUAGAUAUGUCAUGUGUAGCUUGGAAAGAUAAUAAGGUAGUAACUUUGUUAUCUACUUAUGCUGGAGCAUUGCCUGUGACUAAAGUCAACAGAUAUGACAAAUCAAAAAAAGAAAAAAUGGACAUCACUUGCCCGUUUAUUGUCCAAGAAUAUAAUAAACAUAUGGGGGGAGUUGACCUCAUGGAUAGCUUUUUGGGCAGAAAUCAUAUUACUAUGAGGUCUAAAAAAUGGUACCUGCGUAUUUUUUUUCAUUUAUUUGACCUUGCCAUAAUAAACUCUUGGAUUAUCUAUAAAAAAAAUGCUCAGGAAAGGGAUGAAUCUCAAAAGAGUCUUCUUACAAUGAGCCAAUUUAGAAAUGAAUUGGCCUUUGUCUUAUGCAACAAGGGAACCACUAAAGAUGUUAAAAGGGGGCGUCCCAGCAGCAGCAUCCUUGAAGAAAAAUUGCUGACAAAAAAAAGAAAAGGUUCUCCAGCUCCUCCGCCACCGAAAGAUCUAAGGAAAGAUGGUUUUGAGCACUGGCCAACAGUCGGUGGGUCACUUAGGUGCAAAUACCCCAAAUGUAAAGGAUAUUCCACAAUAUCAUGUGGGAAAUGCAAAGUUAACUUGUGUCUUAAUAAAAAUAAUAAUUGCUUUUUAAAUUAUCAUCAAGAAUAAAGAAUGUACAAACAUA